UCUCGUUUUCUUUAUUCGUUUCUCCCAGCAUUUCGCAGAACUAGGAUCUAACACAUGGCUCCAGGGAGGACACUAUGAUCGUUUGCUUCAUCAUCACCUGGAAGGUUCUUCGUCCAUGUGUGGAAGUUUGACUUGUGAGAGUCAUUUGACCAAGUGGUCGGCAGAACAUGGUUGUGUCCGACCCUUACACACCAGCUGUUUGAAAUAAUGCCUCAGUGACCGAUCCCUUAACCUGAGAAUUAAGGCAAAGGCUGAAAUCUUGAACGAAACGAAAUACGGUUUUGUUUUUUAUGGAGAUACAAAACCCACAGUACUUAUUUGGAUUUUUCCAACCAGAACUUUUUUUUGUCGCCUUUAUCUUCAUUUCUGGGUCCCCGUUUGGUGUGAAUGACAAAGCACUUUGAGCGAAUUUCCAGACGACUGGUGACUUGAAAAGGAAAUGGAUAAAAUGGAAACAAUUCAGACGUUAAGUAUCCUUGUCUUCGGAAUCCGCCUAGACGAAGAUUCGCUGGAGCUUCUUAAAGAGCAAACUCCUUUCAAGUUUCAAUUUAUUCUGAUUUUUGCAGUAGCUGAUUUUUUUUCCCAUGGGUUUUAUCUGCGUCAAGGAAUACUAUAUCUGUCUCCGAUCACCAGAGACUUCCCUUUCCUCUCGAGGCGAUCGUUGUAAAAGACUGGGGGACUGUUUCUGGAUUUAAACUGAAAAAGCAUGACAGAGACUGGUAUAUCAUCUGGGAUGGCUGAAGUUGAUAUUAAAGCCUUGAAGGAGACACUUUGUGCCCAACAACAACUUUUGCAGAAUCUAUACGCAGAAUUGGAUCAGGAACGAGAAGCAUCAGCCACUGCAGCCAGUGAAGCUCUGGAUAUGAUCCUUCGUUUGCAAGGAGAAAAGGCUGCAGUGAAGAUGGAAGCAAAUCACUAUAAAAGAAUGGCAGAGGAGAAGAUAGGCCAUGCUGAAGCCGCUCUUGAAUUCUUUGAAGAGCUCAUGAAUCAGAAGGACAUGGAAAUGGCGUCUCUGGAGUUUCAAGUUCAGGCUUAUAAACGCAAGCUUGUGAGCUUGGGAUGUGAUCUGAAUACAAUUGAACUUGACUUGCCAGAACAGAAUGGAGAAACCAGUCAAAGUAGUAACCUGAGAAGGCUAAGCUCAUUGCCGCCAAUCCCUUUUAAGAACUCUCUAAGAGCCAAUCUUAAAAUGGCAAGAUCACCUAGUCUUGUUUUAGAUACAAAAAUGGAGCAGAUCGCUGAGCAGGAAGGUACAGCACAAAGCUUGGAUUCGGCUAGCAAAUCAGGAGACAUCGCAUAUGGAAAUGGAACCCUUAAUUCUUACUGGAAUCAGAUCAAAAGGCUAGAUGAAAAAGUGAAAGUGAUGUCAAAUAUGAAACAGUGUGAAGAGGGGAAAGCUGUAAAUUUGGAGAACAGAAGAUGGAACUCAUGUUCAACAUUUUCACAGGGAAGCAGGAUAACAUGUGAUCAACCAGACACAGUAUCUUCUACUAGCUUGGUUAGUAACUUCUAUGAUGUUUUUGACAUCCCACAACCUCAUGAGAAUCUCAAAGUUAGAGAAUGUUGGAAAAGGGCACUUGCGAAAUUGAAUGCAGAAGCAGGGAACAGAGUAACAAUACCAGACUCAGUAUUUGGGGGAACAGUUGAAUCAGUUGUUCAGCAUAAACCAGACAGUCUUGAUAGCAGGCUUGGCACAAACAAUGACAUCCAAAUAACCAGUGCAAAAGAUGAUGUGAAUGUGACUGACCAGAAGGAAGAAGCGACGAAUGCAGAUUGCAAUACUCAAGCUGAGCUCCAGAAGCUGUAUCAGAGAAUUGAGAGGUUGGAGAGGGAGAGAACUAGUGUAAGGGAAGAGAUUGAACCUGAAGAGAAUGAGAGCGAACAAUUGAGGUUGUUGAAAGAAAUACAUAGUCAACUCAGAUUAAUACAGUCAGAGAUUAGAAGUUGGAAAACCAAAAAAGCCACACCUAAGGAUGAUGUGUCCUUUGCUCGUCUCCAAGAGGCAAUGCUGCAUUUUUGGCUCUAAUUGAUUACAGGAGCACCAUCUCAGACAGCCAAGAUGCUGGAUUCAUUAUUUGAGGCAUAUGCCCUUUGUCUACGGAGAGGAUUGUUCUUUUUCUUUUUUUAUGAAUUUUUUGUUAAAAAAAAAAAAAGUAUGACCAAUGAGUAUAGAUCUUUUGAUUGAACUUGAUGACUACAAAAUGGAUUCCGAGCUGGAACUCCAUACUGUGUACAUUAGGCACUCUUUCAGGGUUAACUGUGUUUUACUGUGUUGCCCUCUGAGAUUGACCUUGUGGAUGGAAGAGCUUCUUGAAUCCUGAUGCUCCGCUCACCAUAUAAUGAGGUGAGAACAUUCAUUUAUGUAAUUUUGAAUCUUGAAUUCCUAAUCUCAUUGGCAGCAGAAA